AAGUCUGUUAACCUAGAAGAGAAUGCGAAAAGUGGCAUCCCGGCUUCUGAACAUGGCAGAAUAUCUGCCGCUGUUUUGAAGAAAUUUUCCGAGCGCUUCGUUUUAGAAAACGUUGAUCCUCCUAAAAUAUUACAAGCUAAUGAAGCUGAAGGAAUUGAUCGUAGCCAUGAACCUCGCGCUGCAUGGAUUUUUGUUGCAAGUUUUAUUGUCGAUCCUCAACCUCCAGCAUGGCUCCUUGUUAUGCAGCGCGGGGGAACCUGGCUAUUUGGACUUCGACAACCUGCCAGAGACGAAUUUCUCGUGUCAGGGGAAGGUGAUCGGUGGAUACUACGCGGAUGUUGAAGCCGGAUGUCAGAUGUUUCACGUUUGCACCAUCGGUCAAAAAGACUUGGUUUCAGACGAGAUUAUGGACAUAAAGUUCCUCUGUCUGAAUGGAACCGUCUUCGAUCAGGAAACCAGGGUUUGCGAGAGAGUGGACGAGGUCGAUUGCAGCAAGAGCGAGCGAUUCUACAACUUGAACUUGGAACUCUAUGGAAACAACGCAGUCACUCUCAGUUUACACGAAAAUAGCGAGGACGACGUCGAUCCAUCGGACCCCAUAGACGACCACCAACGCAGCACUUCAGCGCGACCAACUACAACAACCACAACGUCCACGACAACCUCGAAACCAAGUAAACCCUCCACUACGCCAUCCUCCGGUUCUUUCUCCCACCCCACGGGCUAUCCACAACACUUCCAGCCGCAACCACCAUUUCCUCAGGUUCACACGAGUCAAUCAAAGUCUCUCUACGAUGACAAAAAUAGCGGCUACCAUCACCAGUAUAUUUUCCACAAUGGAGAGAGGAAUAAUAAUCAACAGGCGACUUCGUAUCAACUGUUUAGCAAUCAAGGAGUCAGUUCCACCACUGUUCAGCCACCUCAGGUGCAUCAGAUCAGAUUCAGCUCGACUGCAAGUCCACAGAUUAUUCACAACGAACCAUCGACGGCGUCGCCACUGUUUCACGCUACAUCCUCUACCAUUCAGACAUUAUUGAAUAGCAAUGGAAAUAGUCCAGCGUUGAUAAAUCCUAUCUUUCACAAUCAUGGGAUUGCUAGUACCACGGAGCAGUUUAUUCAUAGUAAUAAUCCUAGGGAGACUUCGGAUUACAGGGAGAGUGGGGUGCAGAGUAUCAGGCCGUUGGAGGUUGUUCAGUCGAGCAAUAAGGGACAGGUCUCAAAGUUAACGAUAUCCCCAGUGCCAACGCCGGAGCCCUCGCGCUCAGUGCAAACGAAGACGAGCAGCCAGAGUUCCCAACAACCAAGGAUUUCAGGCAACUUCCUUCCCACCCCAUCUCCCGACGAAACUACAGUCAGAUCCUUCUACCCAACCCCACGAACAUCUUCGAAACCUUCGCAGACCUCCCAAUCCCCUAAUGACCAAGUCACUCAGCACAUACACGUGCUGCCGCCUGUGCAGAUCCCUCAACUGAAACCUCACCAAAUCACCAUCAACUUACCACCUCCAGAUCUUCAAAGAAUAGUUCAGAAUCCAUCAUCCUUGCUACCUUCUCAAUCUAGAGUAAUUGUAACAGCCAAAGCAAGCGUUAGCGACGAGUCUGGUAGACCAUUAAAUACAACGCAAUUAGUCACUCUUCCCUUGCCGACGAUCCCAGCCAGCUACGAUGAUUAUAAAGAGGGAGACGAGUCCUUUGAUCCGUUCUAUAGAGACGUUCCUAAAAUCAGAAACAGCAGAAGAAUCUCUGAAGAAUUUAGAGGAGUUUCGAGAUCUAAAAGAUCUGUUAGUCAGACCAAGAAUUCCAUGGUUUCUUUUGUCUAUGCUGGGAAUUCUAAACGAAAACGUGAUGGGCAGAUGACAGGUGCGAAUAAGAAAGAUACAGAAAAUAAAAGUCAGGAUUUCGCUUCCAUUAAGGAAAGUCUAAUGAGAUUUAGGGAUAUUCUCUUUGGAGAAGACUUCACUGAGGACACUCUAAGAAGUGUCUUUGAGGGAAGUAGGCUUCAAGGACUUGGUUCUGAUAACGAGAAGAACAAUUCCAAGAGAGAUUCGUUAGAAGAUUUAGAGACAAAGGCUUCUAAAAAUUUUAAAGCGAGGGAUUAUGAAGAAGACGAUGUUAAAGAGAAGGAAGACGAAGAGACGGAAGAUGGAGAGACGGAAGAUGAGGAAACGGAAGAUGAGGAGACGGAAAACGAAGGGACGGAAGACGAAGGGACGGAAGACGAAGGGACGGAAGAUGAAGAGACGGAAGAUGAAGAGACGGAAGACGAAGAGACGAAAGAUGAAGAGAAGGAAGAUGAAGAAAGUAAAACUAAGCAGUCAGGCAGAUUAGAAGUUCCUUUGGAAAUAGAUACUAGGGACUCUGAUGCCGAAGAAUACAUUGACGCCGACGAGGAAAAGGAUGCUAUGUCAAAUUUGAAGAAUGUUGAGUCAGAUUUGGAGGAUAUCGAAGUGGAAACUCACGAGGCUGAGAAAGAUGAAUAUGUAGAUUUUUCUGAUAUGAAGCAUAAGCCUAAUAAUGAAACUAAAUCAGACUCUAAACCAAGAAAGCCAGAAAAUACAUUAGAUGUUGUUAUUCUUGAUCCAGGCGAGUACAUGAAGCUGAAAUCCAAGGACGAAGAAGAAUUUUUAAAUACAACUGAAGAGGAGCAGGUUUCUACACAGACUCCAAUUCUAUCUUCGACCGAAGAAAUCACUGGAGCAACGACAGAAGGAGAUUCGGUGGAUAAACAGGAUUCUAAGAGCUUAAAAGACCUUGAUGGCACUAUUCAAGAAAGUAAACAGUCUAAAUUGCAAGAAAGCGACAGUGGAAAGAUUCUAGAAGAAGAAAAAAAGGAAGAGAAGCCUAGUAUAGAACCCAAACCAAACACGAGAAGGAUAAGUUCCAAGAUCAGAGCUAGAGGAAAGAUUUCUUCCAAGAGAAAGGAAACCAAAAUUGAAAAUAACGAACCUGUUGGAUUACUUGAUGAUAAAGUUCCCGAUCAAAAAGUAGAGACAACAACAACAAUAGUGAAUCCUGAGGCUGAACAGAUUGACAAGCAUAUAUUCAACGAACCAGAGUCACAGACCUCGAAAGAUGUCGAUAUCAGAGCUGUGAAUAAUCAUGGAGGCAACUUGAAGAAACUUCAAACUGGUAAAGAUCACAGUACAGGGAAAGACAAUCGGAAGAGUGAGGCUAACGAAUAUGAGACUCUAGAGAAACAAUCUAGAACUUUGGAAAAGGAUGAAGAAAACGUCGAGAUUCUGGAAGGCGAGGAGAAAACAACUGUUCCAAGCUUGGACGAAAAAGAAGUUGAAGAGAAGAGAAAGGUCGAGGAAGAGUUUGACGAAGAAGUGGAGCAGCCUGAAGCUCCUAAGAAAGAUCCUUUUGUAGAAGAAAUGAGCUAUUAUAAAGAAGAAUCUUCGAUAGAGCACGAAUCUAUGGAAGAUGAAUCAACCACAGUCUUUAGCAAUGAAGGUUCUCAGGAUGAUCAGCAAGAAAUGGCUAAACAUUCUCGUAAAGGAAAGAUUAUGAAGUUUGAGAACUUUUCGAAAGAAGUGUCUUCUCAUAGGCAAGCUAAAAGCAAGAAAAAUGAAAAUGAGAAAGAGGAAGGAAAAGAAUCUCGUGAAUUUUCGACGAUGAAGAAUGAAGAGAUGAAUUCCGAGGAAGCUUCCAUAGAACAUUACGACUCUACCGAAGCAUUCUAUGAAAAUACAUAUGAAAUGAGUACAGACGAUGAGUACAACGAUCCUGGUAGCUCCGAAAACGCCACUAUUUCCUCAGAGCAUGUGACUUCGGAACAUGUGGCUUCUGAAGAAAUGCCAAGUUCUAAAGAAGAGACUCUUGAAGAACAUGAAGACGACGAAUCUGUUUUGAGUGACCAGGAAGAAAGUACGGAAGGAGUUCUUAAAUUCACCGAUGAGUUGCCUAAAGAUAAAAAGGAGGACGUACUAGAAACGAAAAGACCCUCAGAAUCUCUCGAGAAUAUAGCUCACGAUUAUGUAGAUGACAAUUAUGAACCAGAUAACUACAAAGAACACGGGUCUUCAGACUCUAACAGUCUAAGUGCAGAGAAAAUUCGUAAGGAAAUGUUGGCUGAUGAUAAAAUGGAGGACGCCAAGAAAGAGAAUGAGGAAGACAAGCCAGAAACUACCACGGAGCCUCAGAAAGAUCAGGAUGUGGAGACCGAGAGUCCAAAGGAAUCCAUUACGGAGAAGAUAGAUUUGCAGACGACAACAACCACAACUACAACAAGUACUACUACAAGUACAAGUACUACAACUACCACUACCACUGCUCGUCCCAUGCCUCCAAAAUUGUUCAAGCCAAUCACUGCUAGAAAGAAUUACAAUUACAUUCCUCCAACGACGACUCCGAAUCCUGUAAUUAUUAAACCUAGACUGAGUCUGUUGAAUCCUAAGCCAGCAAAGCCGCCUAAAUCCUACAACGAGCUGGCACCCAAACCGGUGAUCAGGAAGUUCACUUUAUUAGCUCGGAAGCCAACUACUACUAUGGCUAUCACGACGAAUAUGGACGAGAAUUGGACCGAAACAGUGGAAACAAUGACAACAGAUGUAUCGACGACUACUACUGAAGCUAGCAGGAGCGAAGAGAAUAUAUUAGAAAGCAAAUUGAAGCCUCUAAACGAAUCAGAAGAGAAGAUGCAUGCUCCUACGAAGAGCAAAAACGACCAGGACUCCAGUCCAAGCGAACAGAAGUCACCAACAAACGUAAAACAAGAUCAAGAAGAAAAUUUUACGCCUUAUCCUGUUUCUAGACUGUCGACUCUUGCCUCUAUUGUUGAGAAAUCCUCGAAGGAAACCGAGUCUACUAGCACGGAGUUUGAGAAAUCAACUAGUCCUAAGAGUUUUACCUUAGUGGACCUAGAAAUUGUUAGUACGACAACUUUACCGAUCGGUCUGACGUCCAUUGAGUCUGAUCAUCCCGAAGAAUCACCCUCGACUACCGUUAGGUCAACCAUAGAGGAAGAAACCACGCUUGCUUCGUCUGCCAAAAUCGCGGAACAGAAUUUGGAGAGUAAAGCGACAGAGGGACCUGUCACUUUGACAGUUUCUGAGGCAAUUGCUAUUUCAGAAACCCCAACUAAGCGAGCUGAAACGGUGGAAUCGACCACGAUGAGAUCUCUAAGUCGAAACUCAGCGAUGUUGAGGAGGCAGGGUGGUUUUAAUUGCUUGGAGAAGCAGAUGUAUCGUUUCUAUGGUGACAAUAGAGACUGCAGACUGUUUCACUAUUGCUCUCCUGGGUUCACUUCAAGGCAGGUGCUUGAUUUUCGAUUCGUGUGUGAAGAAGGCACUGUGUUUGACGAGGAGAGCCAGAGCUGUCGUCACAACGCUAGGAAUAAGGAUUGUUUGAAAAGGGAGUGGUUAAAAGGAGAAUCAGGAUUUUGAUUUGUUUGUCCUCUCUUUGUGGCUGCUGGCAACGUUGAUUUUGGUAAUUGGUGAAUCCCUUCCCUUAGUGUAUAUUUAUGUAUAUUGUUAAUAGGUAAGAUUCCGGAGAAGAGGGCGGCGCCUCUUCCCCUCAGCAUUUGCCAUAAUCCCUGUACAUGACGAUGAUGGAUUCACACUUAUUAAAAUUAAUAUGCUCGAGGUAGUUCGAACAAGCAGCUCACGGAGAAGAUAGAUUUUAAGGGAAUUUAUUGUUGGAAUGACAGUGCUAGAAAGUGUUCGAAAAAAGUCGUGUCGUGAAUAACGGCACACCUACUUUUUAGAAUUCGUUGUUUUUAUGCGGUGAAUGGUAACAUGAUUGCGUUUCCUUUCAUCGAAAUAAAUGAUGUACAGAGAGUAAAGAAUAGAGAGUGAAGAAAUGUACUCUGAAGUAGCCUUCAGCGACCAAUUGAUUCAAUAUUAGUUAUCGCUUCGUCGAUAAAGCAGAACAGUCAUUGAUGAUCGAUAAAGUAAAACAGCCAUUGAUAAAGUAGAACUGUUUGGUCGAUACAUACUUGGGCAGAUAGCAAAGCUUCCAAAAAAACCAUAUGUAAACUAGAAAUUAAGAACAUUGCUGUGUCCAAAUACUAAAUUGGUAUAAAUAACCAUAGUUUGCACUGUCAUUAACCAACACGAAAACACGAGCAAGUUUCCUAAAUAUCUUCGUUCAGAGGAAAAUAUCAGAAUCUCGCUCGUAGCAAUUUAUAGAACUUGAUAGUUAGACAACAGCCCCUGUCUACUUCCUUUAGUCAAAAGAGCGAAUCACGUCUGUUCCUACGUUGCAUCGAUGGUUUUCACGAUACAGUCAUCGAUGGAGUAUUCCCUCUAGCGAUUCAGCAAUAAAUCUAACGCGCAUUGCUCAACAAAUUACGAACGAAUGUUCGUAUCGGCUGGCUAGAUGCAACUGCAUGAGUAGAUUAACAAGGAUGUACAGUAACAAAUAAAGAAAAGAAUUUUGAGAAAUACUCGAAUCGUCGUGUCGAUAAAAUAAUUUCUUAAAAAGAUCGACGUGUUUUUGCGAAUUUAUUUAAAUCUGUAGAUCCAUCGAUUUUCGUUCUCCUUAGCAGAAAUACGGUCCCUCGAACCGAAAUUCCUAAUACUAGUAAAUAGACUGAGGAUUUUUAUGCAUUUAUUCGAAAUUUAAAGAUACAGAAAUAUACGAAUAAUCAACCGUUUAAAUACUUUCAUUUAAAUAUUAAAUAUCAUGUACAUUCUAUGUACAUUUCCAGUCCUGUUUCAAACUUCUCCAAUGUAAUCCAAUAUAACGAAAUUUCGAAAUAUUUUGUAUCACACAUACAAUAUAUUCGUAAAAGGUUUUUAUAACUCAUCGAAUACAUUCACGAGCUAUUCUUUUUGGUUCAUAAAAAUGAUGAAUUUGCGUAAAUAUCCACAGUCUACAAAUAAAUGUAUAAAUAGACUCCGCAUACACAUAUGUAUAUCAUAAAUAUAUAUAUUUUUACAUGUGAAUUUAUCCCGUUACAGUUUUAGCGAUUUUUUAGAUAGGUAAUCGCGACCGAUAAGUGUGUAGAACGUUUAAAAUAUGGUUUCAAAGCGUGUACAUUCGAUGGUUUCUGUAAAUAUCCUGUGUCCCUCUGUAGAGUAACACGUUAUCGAUGUAAGAAGCCCUAUACUGUGUUAAUAAUAAUUGUGUACUACGUGCAA